CCCGCGUAGUGCCGCCAGCCGCUAGCCGCCAGUCGCGCUGCGACCCGCGCCGACGUCGCACUCGCGUCCGCUCGUCUUCGUCAUACAUGAUAUCAUUCAUGCUAAUCUCUGUCGGUUGAUUUUCCUGCCGAGUGACCCGACCGCAGUGCAACCGGCGCGUGAUACCGCGAGUGCCGAAUGUUCUUGGACGUCAAACCGUGUAUUUUUCCAUCGGAAUCCGAGCGUACGAAACCAGUUCGGAGUGGUCGACGGCGCUUUCCCGCGGAUGAGAUCUCCGGCCGGCCAGCGCUGCUGUGACCCGCGGCCUGAGAUGCUGCGCCCGUGACCGUCUCGCUACAGUGCCACGAAACCGCGUCCGAUGAUCUCAGCGAGCCUCCCCGGCGAGGCUCUGGCCCAGCUGGGGCAGUUGGGGCAACUCAGCCACCUGUACCCGCCGCCGCCCCCGGCCGGCAUGACGCCCGAGUUCCUCGCGCCCCCGCCGCGGCCCUACGCGCGCUACGCCCCGCGGCGCCCCCGAGACCCCAUGCCUGCCCCGCCGGCGCCGCAUCCUUCCUCCACGGCCAGUGCUGUGCCGAGUCCUCUAGCACCAGCAUUCCCGCCGGUGCCCGGCGCGUACGCCCCGUACCUCCACCACCCAUCGUACGCGUCGUACCUGUACCGUGCGCGCGCGCCGCAGCCGCCAGCGUCGUACCCGCUGCGGCCGCGGCCCACGUCGGGCUUCGUGCCCCCCGCGCCCGCGCCGCACUCCCCGCCAGUGUCCGCGCCUGCGCCCGCUCCUCCUCCAAGAGAGAACUAUCCAUUAUUCCAGGAGCCGCCGACAUCUCCGGAGCGCGGCGCUCCCGCCCCUUACUUCUGUCGCGGAGCACUCAUUAGACUGGAAGACGGGUCCUUGCGGCGCGUCGAGGAGAUGCGGACGGAAGACUUCGUCAUGAGCGCAGAUAGGAAUGGAGACUUGGCCCUCACACAGUGCACGCUGCUACGGAUAGAGGAACGAGGCGACAGGCUCGCGCUUACUCUGACUUACGACAGGAAUCGAUCACAGGUGGAGUUAGAAUCGACGGUGGAACACCCGUUCUUCGUGUACGGGCGAGGCUGGGCGUCUUACAAGCCAGAGCGCACGAUGGCGCGGUACGGGCUCAGGGUGCAGAGGCUGCAGGUUGGAGACGUGUGUGUAUCACUAGUGGCAAGGAAACACGCGGCCGGGGCCGUGCCUGCCACCACACCGAUAUCCCACGCGACCACGCACACCGGCCCGCCGACCCCCACAACCGUCGCUCUGUCAACCUCAACGCCCCCACAGACGCACCCGGAAAACCUCAGCGUCAAAGAAGACUCCCGCAAGAGACGGUGGUCCGCCUCUGACGUCAACGAGGACGCGCCUCCGCCCAAGAAACGUUGACACGCAACGUACCCCGCCACUAACAGUGAAGGACUAUAAGUGUUGUGAUCGUCUUCUCUAAAGACUCGGACUUCUCUUUCGUUUUGAUCUUCCCCGAAUCGUAUCCGGAUUCGUGACGAGCCCGCUGAAUUUCUCUAGCGUUACAUAAUCCUUACGGCUACAGUAUCUUCAGUAAACUACAUAAUUUAAUUCUGACGUCAAUAGACAAACCCAGUGAAUUCACGUGACACGCAACGUGCGCGGUGGAUCAUAUAAUUUGUUUGCGCAGAUCACAGCGAGUGGCAAUCCAGAAUCGCUUAUGAUAUUCUAUUCGGGAACUCUAGGUGCUUUUUACUGUCGGGUGCUUCUGUACGCGUUCGUGUACGACAUUGUAAAUAUGUAUGUUACUUAGGUGAUGUUGAAUGUUAUGUCACUCCAUGACUAUGUUAGGUACGUGUCACAAACACAAGUGUCGUCGCAUACUACCUCACGCCGCGGUUUGCGUGAUCCCUGAACGCUAACACGAUGUUUACAUUAAACCACUUAUAAAUUAUAACAUGUAGUAUACGACGACUGUAUGACACAAGACUUAUAAUACGAAAGUUCCUCUGCAUGACAUAAAGUGCAGAACAAACGGAAUUUCAAGAGUUAUCCGUGAAACAAAACAUCUCAAUGUGGAGUAUUUUUCCAAAUGAGCACAAAAAAUAACAAUGAGUAAGUUUCUACCAGAUCUUAAAGUAGUUUAGAUAUUGUGAUAACCAAUGAGAUUUUAAAUCGCCAGUCUGCCGCACCAAUGGCAGUGCAUAUUUUAGACAAAAUGGUACAAUGAAUGUUAGAUAGUAGAUAGUAGUUAUGGGCUAACGUCUGCUUAAGUCUAGACUGAUUCUCUUUCUUCGUGGGUUUCCAACUCAUUUCUUCAGGCUCGUGAUGGGGCUGCCAGCCCAAAUGCACCUUUGUAAUAUGCAUUAUCAUCAUUUAUCCAAAGAAAAGCUACAAAUCUUGAGACAUUAGUGCACUGUGUCCACGUGGGAAGCAGUCAUGUCAGAAUUCCACAUUUCCCAAGGUUGUGACUGCAGACAUAUCCUGCCUAGUGCGCCUGCGCGGCCGCUACCACACUCAGCACUUACGGACCUCUCCUCUGCAGUAGUUGCUAGUUUGAAUGGAAACAGGUACUUCGCGAACAGUGGCAAAUUCUUCUGACAAAUAAUUUGAUCGUUUUAAUAUAAAUGUUGAUAACUGAUAUACUAUAAAUAUAUAUUGUAAAAAAGAAAUAUCUAUGAUCAUGGUUACUAGAUGUCAUCUCUAUUGAUUUUUGACGUCCAUGUGUGAUACACAUAACUUUUCUAUGAGAAGAUGUAUACAUAAUAAACACACAGUCUGUGAUAUUUUGUAGUUAUUGGUCAGAGUAGGUACGAAGUAUUGCUUGAAUAAAGGAAAUAUUAUAUAUGUUUUAGAAUAAUAAGCAAGUUAUUGGUAAGAAAAAUGUAUAUUUGUUGUAUACUCAAAUGGAAUACCUUGAUGAAAUCAUCAACAUAAAAACAAAAUAUAACAAGUAGCGUCUGUGAUCAAUAUACAUAUAUCGUUAUGAGAAUAACGACAAAUGCAUGGCCAUAUCAAUUCAAAUUGAUUUUAUAUAUCGUUAAGUGAAUAUAAAUGUAAUCUUUUCUACUUUUGUUUGGAAAUCUUGUCUAAAUUAUUUUGUAUAAUUCUUUGCGAAUUUACUUCUAUUUGAACAGUUAUGUAGACAAAACAAUUUCAUGGAUCUUUUGUCAAAGAUGACAUAAACACAGUUGAAGGCGACACAAUAUCCACAUCACUCCAUCUCUAUUACUUUUUAAUAGUUGCAUUUCUUUCAUGUAAACUAACUUUACUUAGAGUCAUUCAAGCAAAUCAACAAAAAAAUAUUAGCAUUUGACCAAAGUGUGUGUAACGAACGUUGAUUAUGUCAUUUUUUGCGCUAUGUUCUCGUAUGGUAACUGCAAUGUUGUGUAAAUGUAAGUGUGUACUGUGUACUCGUAAUUUGCCAUAAUCCGCAGUAAGUAUGCGACGACGCGGCGCGACACUAGCGCGAUGCUCGCGCGGUGCGCGGGCGCAGCGCCUGCAGGGGUUAGUUUCAUUGUACCGUCAAUUGUUACGUGCUUGUUAAUGUAUGUUAAAUAAUACGACAAUAGAGUACGGACACCUCCGACGAACGGUGUUGUACAAAAGUUAAUAAUUUGUUGUGUAAUGUAUGUAAUUGUAGUUUUAUCGUCUUUAUAUUAUUAAUUUUGUAAUUGUAAUGAAAGAUCUCAUUUUAUUAAUCGGUAUUUUCUAACAAGGCGCUUUCAUUAGAUCAUGACUAAGCCUACCUCACAAACUGCAGGGCGGCAGUCGGGCGGCGGGCCCGCGCCGGCCCUCAAACAAGUCUAAACAAGAUCUCAAUUUGAUGAAAAUAAACUUUUAAAAAGACUGGGACGCUUUACUGAAUGUUGUGGGAUAGUAGUUUCUUUGAGGAUAUUACUUAAAUUAUGAGAUAGGAGCAUUUAUUUGUAAAUGGGCGCGCGCUCAUUCCGUGGCAUAUCCUGCGAGCUCCGCUUCUGCCAAGUUGGACUGUUAGUACAAAAUUCAUUACAAAAAAAAAGUAUUAUUUCCCAAAAUACAAAUUCAGAAAGUAUUAAUUUAAUAUCACUGGAAGGUGCUAUUUGAACGUGAAUGUGGUUAAGGCGCAAUCAUGGUAGGUUCACGGAACUUUUACGGACGGUUUCUUUACAUUUCGCAAUCCAGUAGCUAGAUAUUGGCACAAUCGAUGUUCUUCCGCGCCUAGUAGUACAUUAGGGAGUCAGUAAUACAUUUAAAAUGUGUGACUUGUGGUAGUCGUAUUGCAAUACUUUAUAAAAUAUAAUUACUUCCUAUAUCAAUAUUGUUAUGCCAUCAUAUUUUUUGUCAAGUCUGUUAUAACUUUUCUACAGAAAGUCACCUUUCUAUUAAUGUGUAAAACGACACUGAAUAUACAAUGUUGAUGUUAUGAAAUGAUAAAUGAGUAGUUCAAGCAGUGAGUUAAACUCAUAAUGAGUGAAUGACUUGUUUCAUUAUCUGUAUGAGAUUCGGAGCGAUACAAUAUCGGCCGAGAUUGUUUGUUAUAAUAUAUAUGUAUACCUACUGCGACUAUAAUGUAUGUGUUGCUAUUGCCAAUGUUAGCUAUGGUCAGUAAUAGUUCCAUAGUUUAGUUUACGUCCAACACUAACAGUUACAUGUAUACUGCGACACGAAGGAUUGUGCCAUUCAUAAACUUUCAAUAAUAUAAAGAAAACAUGUGUUGGUAAGGUUUAUGUUCGCAUAAAAAUAUAUUAUUAUACAUUCACCAGCUGUAAGCUGCGACGUAAAUCUUACCAAACAAUAUAUUUGUGAUUAAUAUAUGUAUAUACAACAUGUCGGGCACAUUGAGUCUUCGAUUCAUAUUUUGUAAAUGUUUUCGCAACUUGCGUUUCAUCCGUAACGUUUGUUCAGUGUUUACAUGCUAAAGUAGAGAACAGAAAAUGUUGUGUCAUUUAAUUAAUAGAUAAAUAAUUAUAAAAAUUGUUAUAUAAUAUGACAGAUAUGGCAAAAAUAUAUAUAUUGUAUAUUUUAUUGUAUAGCGGAAUGAGUACUAUUUCAGAUUAAUGUAAAUGAAGAAAAUGUUAUAGAUCGAGAAUAUGUUAAAAUAAGUUAACUGUUUGUAAAAAGGAGAGAAAAUAUGUAUAAUUGAACAUUUGCUA